AUGAAGUUUUUUACAAUUUUGUCGGUUAUCAGCAUCUUGACUGCAGUAAACGCGAAUCCAGUAUUUCAUAAACGUGUUGAAAAAAAUGUCAAGGAUCCUGAAGAAAAAUACGAUCCAAAUUACUAUAUUGAAACCUACGGCGGUAAGAAAGAUGCUUAUUACAAGCAAGCGGAAGGUUGGAGAAACAAGGUUUUUGGUAACAAGGAUUGGGAUAAAGUCAAGGAUAACAAGGGUUUGAAUAACGUAGGCAAGGAUGAUAAAGUCAACAAAAGUUGGGAUAACAAAGAAAUUAUCGAUGAUAAAACAAAGAAUGAUGACAAAGGCAAGAACGAUGUUAAAACUGAACAAGUUUAG